CAGCUCACAAGAUGGAAAUCAACGACAACAACUUUGAGCGAUUGGCAAAUUAUCUGCAACAAACGCUUAAUCCCGACCCAGAGGUUCGGCGUCCCGCGGAGCGGUUCAUCGAAAGUAUCGAAGUCAGCCAAAACUAUCCCAUCCUCUGUCUGAAUCUUGUUGGUCGGCCACAAACGGACAUGACGAUACGGGUGGCAGCUGCGAUUGCUUUCAAAAACUUUGUGAAGCGUAACUGGGCCUACCACCUGGAAAACGACGGUCCGGACAAGGUGUCCGAAUCGGAUCGCAACGGUAUCAAGGGAAUGAUUGUGCCGUUGAUGCUAAAAUCGCCCGCGCCCGUCCAGAAGCAGCUCACCGAUGCUGUAAGCAUUAUCGGGAAGUAUGACUUCCCGCUCAAGUGGCCACAACUGAUCGACGAAAUGAUUGAAAAAUUCGCCACCGGAGACUUUCACGUGAUCAACGGAGUGCUGCAGACGGCUCACUCGCUCUUCAAGCGCUACCGGUACGAGUUUAAGUCGCAAACGCUCUGGGAGGAGAUUAAAUUUGUGCUGGAUAAGAUCGCGAAACCUCUGACCGAUCUGCUGCAAGCUACUCUGGGUCUAGCGAAGGCGCACGCCAACAACGAGGAGGGCCUGAAAGUGAUCUACAGCUCGCUGGUGUUGGUCUGCAAGGUGUUCUUUUCGCUCAAUUCGCAAGAUUUGCCCGAAUUUUUCGAAGACAACAUGGAAACGUGGAUGAAGGCAUUCCAUGGACUGCUGACGCAGGAUGUUCCGUGCCUAAAGACGGGCGACGACGAGGAUGCUGGCAUCCUGGAGCAGCUGCGGUCGCAAAUCUGCCAGAAUCUCUGCAUGUACGCCCAGAAGUACGACGAGGAGUUCGGUCCGUACAUGCCCCAGUUCGUGACGGCCGUCUGGGAGCUGUUGGUGAACACGGGCACGCAAACGAAGUACGAUUCACUCGUCUCGUACGCGCUACACUUCCUCAGCACCGUAGCCGAUCGGUCCCACUAUCGCCAUCUGUUCGAAGAUCCGCAGGUGCUGGCGAGCAUUUGCGAGAAAGUGAUCAUACCGAACAUGGACUUUCGUAUGUCGGACGAAGAGCUGUUCGAGGAUAAUCCAGAAGAGUACAUCCGACGCGAUAUCGAGGGUUCCGACGUGGAAACGCGACGGCGGGCGGCGUGCGAUUUGGUGAAAACAUUGUCGCAAAACUUUGAGUCAAAGAUUAUCGAAAUCUUUGGCCAAUACCUGCAGGUGCUGUUGGCCAAGUAUGCCGAAAAUACAUCGAACAACUGGAAGACCAAGGAUACCGCCAUCUAUCUCGUCACGUCGAUGGCCUCGAAGGGUCAAACGCAGAAGCACGGUGUGACGCAAACGUCCGAGUUGGUUCCCCUGCCACAGUUCACUCAGCAGCAGAUCAUACCGGAGCUUGAGCGAGCCGAUGUGAACCAGUUGCCGGUGCUGAAAGCUGACGCGCUCAAGUUUAUCAUGACGUUCCGAACGAUUCUUGGGCCACAGAUUAUCGUGGCCACGAUGCCACUGGUGGCGAAGCACUUGGCAGCGGGGAGCGUAGUAGUGCACACGUACGCUGCUUGCGCGAUCGAUAAAAUUCUUACAAUGCGCAGCUCGGACAAGAAACCGAUCGUCACGAAAGAGAUUCUAGCACCGUUGAGCGCGGAACUGAUCACGGGUCUCUUCGCAGCCUUCACUGUACAAGGCUCGAAUGAGAAUGAGUACAUCAUGAAAUGUAUUAUGCGUGUUCUGAACACUCUGCAGGAAGCAUCUUUACCAUUCAUGAUCGUUGUGCUGCCACGGUUGACGGAAAUUCUGGCCGUCGUUUCGAAGAACCCGUCGAAACCGCACUUCAAUCACUAUCUCUUCGAGACGCUGUCUCUGUCCGUGAAGUUGGUGUGCAAAGCAGAUCCGAACGCCGUUAGUUCCUUCGAGGAAGCACUGUUUCCCGUUUUCCAAGGCAUUCUACAGCAGGAUAUACUGGAAUUCAUGCCAUACGUGUUCCAGAUGCUAUCACUGUUUUUGGAAAUACGUGAAGGUCAAACUAACAUUCCUGACACUUAUCUUGCGCUGUUUCCUUGCCUUUUGGCGCCCGCGCUAUGGGAGCGUCCCGGCAAUGUAACACCCCUCAUUCGCCUCCUGUGUGCGUUCGUACGGCAAGCCUCAUCGCAGAUAGCGGCCGACGGCAAGCUGAACGGUGUGCUCGGUGUGUUUCAGAAGAUGAUUGCCUCGAAGAACAACGAUCAUGAAGGAUUUUUCUUGAUGCAAAACUUGCUGCUCUACUACCCGGCUGAAGAGCUCGGCCAGAGUAUGCGGCAAAUCUUUUCGCUCCUGUUUCAACGGUUAAGUUCCUCGAAGACGACGAAAUUCGUACGAAGUUUCAUCGUGUUUCUCUGCCUGUAUGCGUCGCGCGUUGGUCCGCAGGCGCUGAUUCUGAUGAUCGAAAGCAUUCAGGCCCAGAUGUUCGGAAUGGUGAUCGAGCGCGUCUUCAUUCCGGACAUCAACAAGGUGUCCGGCGAACUCGACCAAAAGAUCGUUUCGGUAGGCGUCACCAAGCUGCUGUGCGAGUGCCCGGAGAUGGUGAGCGAACCUUACGUCAGUUACUGGCCCCAGCUGUUGCAAAACGUCGUGCAGAUUUUCGAACUUCCGCCUGAUGAGUCGGCAAUCGAUGGCGACAAUUUCAUUGAGAUCGAGGACGUUCCCGGCUACCAAGCAGCUUACUCGCAGCUCAACUUUGCCCAAUCGAAACCCGUCGAUCCGCUGCCGGAUAUUUGCAACACGCGCCAGUACUUGGUGCAAAAUCUUGGCAGGCUGGCGCAAACGCAGGCUGGCAAGGUAGGCACACUGAUAGCGGCACUGCCGGCCGCGCACCAGGAAGCACUACAAAAGUACUGCGCCCAGAGCGGAGUACAGAUUGCUUAAUGCACUCAUCCGCCCACCGCUAGAGAUGGCGGAAAAGGGAAUGAUUUUUGUCUUUUAAUUUUUGCAUUUAAGUGUCAUCG